AUGGAAAAUGCAAACCCAUUUGUGAAUGAAAAAACGUUGCCGAGCCAUGAAAUACAUCUUGUGGAUGGAAAAUUAGCGGAAAUCACACAAAAAUCAAUUUUUGAAAUACUCAGAAGGAUUAGAGAUCCAGAGCAUCCAUAUAACCUUGAACAACUGAAUAUAAUCUCGCUCGAAGACAUAGGCAUUUCAGAACUACAGGAUAGGACUGUGCUAUGUUCGGGCGGGCAGCCAAUAAAAUCGAUCGAAGUAGUGUUUACGCCUACAGUUCCACAUUGCAGUAUGGCUGGAAUUAUUGGAUUAAGCAUAAUUUAUCAAUUGCUAAACUUCACGCAAAAUCACCAUAUUAUUGUAAGAAUCAAAGAGAACACACAUAGUACAUACCAGGCAUUGAACAAGCAACUGUCCGAUAAAGAUAGAGUUUUGGCAGCAUUUGAAAAUGAAGGAUUGGUUGAUGUAAUAGAGUCGUGUAUCGAAGGAGCCAUGCAAUUUAGCGGUAGAAGCUGUGAGAAUUAG